GCCCUGCGCCACGCUCAGACGGUGUUUCGGGUACUAGCGGGACGGUCGAUCGUUUGUGUCGGGUGUCGGUUCCGGUUUUGCUCAUCAUUUUCCUGUAACCAAGCGAAUGGUUCGCCCAGUGCUGUGGGAGGCACACGCCAAGGCAACAAGUGAAGGGACUUUAUCAUCCAAACCUCCAACUCCAAUGGCAGCAUUGGUGGAUGGUCCGUGAGCGAGCACAUACAGCGCGUACACGCAGUGGUUUUUUAGUUGGUGUGUCGGAAAUUGUAACCAAAAGACGGUCCUUUGUAUUAAGAAAAAAACAAGUGAAGGAGUGUGACAAAACAGGUGGAAAAACAGCGAACGUUCAGUGAGUUCUUGGGUACAAGAAUAUUGAUUCUAGUGUCCCUGUACAAUGGUGCGUAACGAUGCCACCGCCGGCAAGGGGUACGAUAACCCGGCCGUGGUGGUCUCCGACGAAUCGGUCGUGCUGGAGAUAAACAAUGGCAAUGGCCGCAUCCAUCGGGAUAGUCUGCUGGGGCUAAGUGAGCCACUGCCCCGGCUGGACCACUACCGGGCAUCGCAGCGCAAUGCCAAGCGGCCGUCGAUCGGGGUGCUGCACGGCGAUCGCGACUCGAAGGCCGGCGGCGAACCGGAGGAACAGCUCGAGGAGGAAGCGAAAGCGCCGGGCCACGCGAUCCGGCUCGGCUGGGUGCAGGGUGUGCUCAUACCCUGCCUGCUCAACAUCUGGGGCGUGAUGCUGUUCCUGCGCCUCAGCUGGGUCGUCGGGCAGGCCGGCAUCGUGCAGACGCUGAUCAUCAUCGCGCUCUCGUACGUGGUGUGCGUCAUGACCACGCUGUCCCUGUCGGCGCUCUGCACGAACGGCCAGAUCAAGAGCGGCGGCCUGUACUACAUCAUCUCCCGGUCGCUCGGUGCCGAGUUCGGGGCGUCGGUCGGUAUCGUGUUCGCGUUUGCCAACUCGGUGAACGCGGCCAUGAACACGAUCGGUUUCUGCAGCUCGCUCAACGAUCUGCUGCGAAGCCUCAAUACGAAGAUCGUCGACGGUGGCGUGAACGACAUUCGCAUCGUCGGGUCCGCCUUUCUGCUGCUCAUGAUCAUCAUCUGCGCCGUCGGCAUGGACUGGGAGGUGAAGGCCCAGAACUUCCUGCUGGUGCUGAUCGUGGUCGCGAUCUUUAACUUCAUCAUCGGUGCGAUCGUCGGUCCGGGCGCGUCCAGCGAGGAGCUCGGCAAGGGCUUUCUGGGCAUCUCGGCGACCCUGCUCGCCGCCAACAUGGGCCCGGGCUACACGGUGAUGAACGGGGUGCAGCAGAACUUUUUCAGCGUGUUCGCCAUCUUCUUCCCGAGCGUGACGGGCAUCCAGAGCGGGGCGAACAUCUGUGGCGAUCUGCGCGACCCGGCCAAGGCCAUCCCGAAGGGUACGCUGUGGGCCUGCCUCAUAUCCGCCAUCUCGUACGUGCUGUUCUCGUUCAUGGCGGCCGGUGCCGCCGUCCGGGAAGCGUCCGGCAAUGCGUCCGAUCUGGUGGGCGUCACCUUUACCAGCUGCGCCGCCGGUAACUGUACGUACGGUCUGCUCAACGAUUACACGGUGAUGCAGCUCAUUUCGCUGACCAGCGCGAUCACGUACGCCGGCUGCUGGGCGGCAACGCUCAGUACCGCGCUCACGAACAUCCUCUCCGUACCGCGGCUGAUCCAGGCGCUCGGCAUCGAUCGCAUCUAUCCCGGGCUGAUCUUCUUCUCCAAGGGCUACGGCAAGCACGGUGAACCGUACCGCGGGUACGGGCUCGUGUUUCUCGUCUCGCUCAUCUUCAUCCUGAUUGCCGAUCUGGAUGCGAUCGCGUCCCUCAUCACCAACCUGUACCUGGCGUCGUACGCGUUCAUCAACUUCUGCACGUUCCACGCGGCCACCGUGAAGCCGCUCGGCUGGCGGCCAACCUUCCGCUACUACCACCCGUACGUCAGCCUGCUCGCCACCGUGCUGUGCGUCGCGAUCAUGUUCCUCAUCUCCGUCGUGUCGUCGUUCAUUGCGAUGGCGUUCAUCUUUGUGCUGUAUCUGGUGGUCGUGUACCGCAAGCCGGACGCAAACUGGGGCUCCUCGGUGCAGGCCCAGGCGUACAAAACCGCCCUCAACUCCACGCUCAACCUGGAGGGUACGAGCGAUCACGUGAAGAAUUAUCAGCCGCAAAUCCUGGCGAUCGCGGGCGAUCCGAUGCAACGGCCGGCACUGAUCGAUCUGGCCCACCUGAUCACCAAGCACAGCUCGCUGAUGGUGAUCGGCAACAUCAUACCGCAGCGGCUGCCGUACAAGCGGCGCCGGGCCCUGUCCGACAUGGGGAAGAGCUACCUGAAGGACUCGAACAUACGCGCGUUCUACAAAAUCGUGGACGGGGUCGACUUCGACCAGGGCGCCCGGUGCCUGAUUCAGUCGACCGGGUUCGGCCGGCUGGCACCGAACAUUCUCAUGCUGGGCUACAAAACGAACUGGCGGGCGGCGAACCAUCAGCAGCUGAAUGCGUACUACAACACAUUGCAUACCGCGUUCGAUAACCGGCUCGCCCUGCUGAUUCUGCGCAUGGGCAAGGGGCUCGACAUCUUCAAGGGCCUGUCGAGCAGUGACCUCUACACGACCGUUCCCUCGCCCCAGGAAACGACCGUAUCGUUCACCUCGAAGCGGAUGGCCGCUCGCCGCUCGCUAAUGCCCGUCAACUCCAAUCUCGACCUGCACGAGCUGAUGCAGUCGAACCGUUCCAGCCAGACGUCCCCAGCGCCCACGUUCCACGCUGCACCGGCGUUCGACUAUCCGUCGCCACCGGUCGUUCCGGCCGAGCCGGAAGCGAACCUGUUCAAGCAGAAGCAACCGAAGGGCACGAUCGACGUCUGGUGGCUGUACGACGACGGUGGCCUCACGAUGCUGCUGCCGUACAUCAUCACGACCCGCUCGAAGUGGGAAAAGUGUAAGAUACGGGUGUUUGCACUGUCGUCCGUUAACCUGCAGGAGGAAGAGACGAACUUGAAACUGCUGCUCGACAAGCUGCGUAUCAGCUACCUCAGCCUCACGAUGGUCAAGGUGACGGACAAGCCGAUGGAAUCGACCAUCGAGGAGCACCGGGAGCUGUUGCGCACCGUCGCCGACACGAACGACGAUCUGCCCGUGCUGUCCGAGUCGGAGAAGCAGCAGCUCGAAGUCAAGACGAACCGCCAGCUGCGCCUGCGCGAGCUGCUACUGGAACACUCGAAGUCGGCCUCGCUUAUCGUCAUGUCAAUGCCCGUCCCCAGACAGGACACCGUAUCGGCCGUACUGUACAUGUCUUGGCUAGAAAUGUUGACCAAGGAUAUGCCACCGUUCCUGCUGGUGCGCGGCAACCAAACGGAGGUGCUCACCUUCUACUCCUAAACCGUAAGCCCACCUUUACGCGAUUGUUACAUAUAGAUGUUGUGUUGCUGGAGAUAAAAUAAAGCAAAUCGAAAAAUUGAAAAACACAAACAUUGCACGAUCAA